CUUCUAUUGACUAUUAUAGAGAAGAGCGCGUUGACUUAGCUUUUGUUUAAAUUCAAGUAUUGUGUACUUGCAAUUAAUAAGUAUCGCGUAAAUUUAACGAGCUACCUUUAUUGGCAUCGUUACGAGAUAAUUAAAUAUUUCUGUGUUUUCGAUCCAGUACGAAAAAUGCCUAUAGAAGUAUAUAGAAAAACGACAACGAGGGCUGAAGGGACUGGUCGGCAAAUAUCAUUUACUAUUCUAUGCAUUGGAAGAAAGAAUGAAGAUCAAACUGAUGAAAUUCCCGUUGAUGGUCUGGUGAAAGUGGGGUUUAAAUUCAUACAAAUCCAUGAUGGCGACACGAUUCAAACUCAAUAUAUUGCAAAAAAAAUUCAUAAAGACUGCACUGUAAAAAUAAAAGUUAAUAAUUUUGCAGAAAAGAUUUGCUUAGACGAACCAAAUUGGGAAGUCAUUGAUGAUAUCUAUGCAGAAACACGUUACAUAGAAAAUUGGCGAUCUGAAUCGCAAAAUGAUGCAUUUGCAUUUCAUCUCAAUGUCACUAUAAAUGCAUUCAAGGUUUCGGCCACAUUUAAUAAGAAGCUAUUUGAUGACACUGAAUUCACUGACUUCCAACUGACCACUUCAGAUGGCAGUCUGCCCGUCCACAAAGCAUACCUUGCUGCUCAUAGUGAAGUUUUCAAAGCAAUGCUUCAUCGAGAAUGGAAGGAAACAAAUGAAGGCCGCAUACAGAUGUCAGGCGUCUCACUGCAGACCCUACAGCACUUAAAAGACUACAUGUACAUGGGAACUCUGCCCACUGAUGGACUUCUACCGUUGCUGUCAAUUGCUUCAUGCUACAUGAUUGAAGAACUUAGAAAUCAAUGCAUAACGAAGCUGACUCAGAUUAUUAAACCAGAAAAUUUGUAUGAGAUCUUGGAAUACUCCUUUGAAAAUAAAAUACCUGAAUUGACAUUUGCUAUAAUGAAAGCAACUCCUGAGAGUGUUUUGGCCACUGCUGAAAAAGCAUUAUUUGAGAAGCGUAGCAAGGAAGAAAUAAAGGAAGAAUAACUUGUUUUACUAAUUUGGAAAGGGCUGCUUGAUAUUAUAUUCUUUUAAUUUAUUUCAA